GAGUUUUAUUGAAUCGGUGGAAAAACUUUUCAUGCCGCUCCUAGACUAGCCAGCCUUUAUAUUGGGGGGAAACCAUCGUGUCACACCAUAUCCAUUUCUCCAACAACAAGCCAACCAAGCACACGCUUUUAUUCAACAUGACUAAGAUUUCCGCCAUAUUGAUUUUGUCCCUGUUGCUAGCAAUUUGUUCUGCUAAACCAGCUCCUCAGUUCGGUGGAUUUGGUGGAUUUUUCGGCGGCAGUGGAACUGGUGCUGGAGCUGGAACAGGCAACGCAGGGCCUGGCGGAGUUUCUGCAUCUGGAAUCGCCAUUUCCAGCGCUCAGAAUGGCGGUUUUGGCACUGCUAGUGGAAGUGGAACUGCUUUCUCCAGUCCCUUUGGCCUAGCAGGAGCCACUGGGACAGGCCAUGGAUUCAGCUUUGGAAAAUAAACUUUACAUUUCUUUAAAUUUAAACUACCCAAAAAACCAUGUACAGAUAGUUAUUCAUAUAUUCCAUGCAUCUGAAAGCGAUUACACAUUUAUCAAACAUU